CUCCCCUCCUGUGAGUGUGCAGGGCGGGGUUUGCAGCGGUGCCGGCGAGCUGCUGUCAGGGGUGAUGCAGCCGGUGGGGGAGGGAAUACCCCCGGCUCCAGCAUGAGGACGGUGUGAAAGAUGUGCGAGCAGGCAGCGCGCUACUGCAGGGAGAGCGUCCACAAGCUCCUCCGCAAACAGCAGCCGCAGAUCAGGGGGCUGGACGGGCUGGUCCGCUGGAUCGUCACCAAGAUGAGCGACAAGAGCAUCCUCUCGGAGCGGGAGCUCCUGCAGGAGGGGCAGGCGGCCGCCGGCCAGGCAUUCUUCCCCCCGGGGCAGCGGAAAGGCACCUCCGUGAUCCUGGAUAUUUUCAGACGCGCUGACAAAAAUGAUGAUGGGAAGUUGUCCUUGGAGGAGUUCCAGGCUUUUUUUUCAGAUGGGACUCUUAAUGAAGAAGAACUUGAACAGCUCUUUCAUACUAUUGACUCAGACAACACCAGCAAUGUGGAUACAAAGGAGCUGUGUGAUUAUUUUGCUGAUCAUAUGGGAGACUAUGAAGAUGUUUUGGCUUCCCUGGAGACCCUUAACCUCUCCAUUCUGAAAGCAAUGGACUACACCAAGCGGGUGUACGAAAGAGGGACCAACGUGGACCAGUUUGUGACCCGUUUCCUAUUGAAGGAGACUGCCAACCAGAUCCAGUCUCUGCUGAGCUCUGUGGAGAGUGCUGUUGAUGCCAUUGAUGAGCAAACCAAUCAGAUCAGACACUACCACAGUAAAUCUGGCCAUGGUGUAAUGGAUACCUGGUAUGACAACCCUGUGCCUAGUUAUUCCCCCAAUAACAGAAUCAUGGCCAAGGAGCACAGGAAAAGCUUCCAGACUGGUUCCUCAGAAACCAAGGAAGAAGGGCUGGAAGCUCAGAUUAACAGAUUAGCUGAGUUGAUUGGAAGAUUGGAAAAUAAGACUCUCUGGUUUGACCUGCACCAGAGACUGUCAGACAGCGAAAGCACAGCUUGCACAUAUCUCUUUUUGGUACGGAAUGAGAUGACGGUUUCCCAGAAGCACCUGGGGGAAUUCUGUAGCUCCCUUAAGCAGUACCUGAAGAAUGUGGCAGGACAGAGAGACUGUUUCCAUGUAACUGCAGUGAGGCUCCCGGACGGAGUCACUUUCAUCGUCUAUGAGUUCUGGGAGUCUGAGGAGGACUGGAAGAGCCACCUGCAGAGUGCUCCCUGUAAGGGGUUCCAGCAUGUUAAAGUGGACACACUGACUCAGCCUGAAGCAGUUUCCAGUGUAUCUGUGCCAGCUGCCUGGUGCACUCUGAACAGAGAUUGAGUCCUCAGCCGGCGCGGAGUCAAGCAGCAAGGUGACCCGUGGCCCUUCCAGGCUCUUGCCUUUUCUGUCCAGUGACUUCUCUCUCCCUUUGCAGAGGACUAAACUCCUGUCUUUUCUAAUGCCUUUGUUACAGGUGAUGUCUUUUGAGUUCUCUACUAAGCAAGAAUGUCAGCAAUGUAUUUGCUAGGUGUUUGAGGUGAAGGAAAAAAACAUAACCCCCCCCCCCCCCGUCAUAGCUCCUAAAUGCUCCCCUUAAAGCUUGGGAUGGGGCAGAGUCUGCUUGUCUCCUGUCCCCAAUAGCCCCAUUGCCAGGAUUCAUGGGUUUUAGUCUUGGCUCUGCGACAGUGGGCAAGUUGCUUAUCCUGCCUAUGCCUCAGUAAAAAGUGAGGAUAAUAGAACAGCUUGGCCAGAAUGUUCAAACCAGGCGUGCUGGAUUUUCAGCACUUCUGUCACUAUCUGACAGGAUCAGACUCAAGCCCCAUCCCACGUAGGAUCCUGUCUGAGGGGCCAGCCCCAGGUCACCUCUGUUAAGGAGUCUAAAUCUCAACACUGGGGUUAGUUUCUUUGUCUAGCAGUUUUGUAAGAAAAUAAUCUACAGCAUAGCCCUACCCCUGCUGUAAGAGUUCUCCCUGAGGUUUCACUAGUUCACCGCUGCAUAGCAUAACAGGCCUUACUCCUGGAGAGAAGGAGACAUUGUGCCACUGCCUUAGAACUAGAUACAAAGGAUUCAUCCGUUCACCUUUUUUAGAUUUUUAAUUUGUUCAUCGGGUUUCUCCUUUAUAUUCUGGCUGCUGAGAAGAACCACCUGCCUUUCUCCUUCCCUGCCCAGUCCUACCUCUUGGUUCCACAAUUAGUUUCCUUCACAUUAACGCCAAUGCAUGCUAAAUAAGCCUUGAUGUACUAUAGAUGCCUUCUGGCUGUAGAAAGUAGCAAUCUGUUCCUUUACUAAGUUUGGUGCAUUUUGUAUUUGUUUCUAAUGGGGACAGAAGCAGGGGAGACUAUUCUUUGGGAUGCAGGCUUGCUUAUUUCUUCACUUUGACUGUAACAUUUGGUAUUAUUCUCUCGGUAUGUUAGAAAUCAUCUGGCUUUCAACCCAUAGUACACUGUAGGAUGUACAACCUGUAAGGAAUUUAAUAUUAGGAUAUGUACAGUUAGGUAAUACAGAGACCAAAUAAAAUGUAACUGGGAAAUGGUGGUGGUUUUA